CCUGGUUGAAGGGAUGUGUCUUGUUAACGUGUUAUGGUUCUGCAGCGCUGCAGAACUGUAUAUAAGCUGUGGCAUUUCUGCCCCGAAACACCAAAGCUGCAUUCAACAUGAAGCUGCUGCUGACUUUCUGUGUUGCCUGUGCUCUGCUCUAUAAAGCUGAGUCAUUGCGUUGCCAUGUGUGUACCGAUGACAGAUGUACCAACUCAACCUCUGUCACAUGUCCCGCCACAAGUACAGUGUGCAGAACUGUCACUUCAGUGCGGACGACCGGUUUAACCGCUACUCUGACAGUGAAUAAAAACUGUUCGACGCUGCUGUCCUGCCUCACCCCUCUCAGCAUUGAAACUGAAUGGUCUGUGAACCGAGGUUUUGAAAAAGAAGGCCACACUCAGAUUUGCUGCGUUACUGACAACUGCAACCGCCAGACACUGGCCAUUCCCAAUUUAUUAACAAAUGGGAAGCAAUGUCCUGCGUGCUCAAGCUUAGCUGACAGCCAGGCGAGGACCUGCAACGCCACCCUGUCCUGUGUUGGAGUCGAGGACACUUGCUUCAAUGGCACCACUACAGUAAACUCCACAGAGGCGUUGCAGCUCGGCUGUAUGUCCAAUAACCUCUGCAGCUUGCAAGUUUUUCUGGAAACUGUGUUUGAUGGUAACCCCAGGAUCACCUGUGGAGCACCAUGGAGCGUCAGGAUCAGCGCCACGCUGCUGACCUUCGCUCUCAUCGUACAUAAAGUCCUUGUUUAGGUGACACAAACGCUCACUCUCACAUUCCGAAAAUAUUUUGUUAAAUAUUUCGUAACAGCAUAACAAUAAUAUGUCUUAAGCAAUCAUUGAAAAUACUACCCAUAUACAUACAGGUAUAAUCAUGUACACCCACACACAGAAACAGAUACAGUCUUACAGAGAUUAAGUCCCAGACCUGCAGGUGCACAGAGUUGCUCACUGAGGGGAACAGUGAUGUCACACGUCGCAGGUCAAACACAAAGACACACACUGAAUGACUGGUCAUGAACUAUUCUCCUCACAGAGAGAGGUUAAGACAUGCAAGCAGUACUGAGUAAUUUAUGACUACAGCAGUUAUGGGGUUUAAACCAAUUAAAUCUAAUCCUUUUUCAUUUUCAAUGUGCAACUGAGCAGAGGAGCUUUUUAAAGAUAUUUCAGAGUGAUAUGAGUGAUAACUACUCAGUGUUGUGAAGUUUUGCUAUAAUCACAAAAUCAACUGCUACAUUUCUAAACCUUCUGUUAACAAAUUAGAAACAUCUUUGUUCUCUCAAAAAGUCUUAUUAUUUCUUGUCUUUAUUAUUAUCUUUUUUUUGCAAUUAACUGUUUUCAUUAAGUUUCUCUCUAUAUAUUGUUGUGUAUCGAUGUAUUUCAGCAACCAGAAAGAGCUUCGACCACAUGAUUGUUUUUCCUCUUAACUUCCUGCGUCUACAUUUUAACAAAUACCUGAACCAGUUCAUCUAACAUGCAGUUUCAAGGACUGACAGAGCUGAAAGAAAAUGAGAUGUUUUCUUCUACAGCAGUCUGACAAACAUCAACCACUGUUUACCUAGCAGCAUUAAUACUGUUAAAGGAUCAGCAUCUGUAUCAGCUGGACAUGUUUCUGUUGUAAAGGUCAUGGUGACGGGAUGUGUUGGUAUUUGUGUUUUAUUAGGUGUUUGCCUUUCAUUGUUUAAACCUGCGCUGUACAAUGACAAAUAAAUUAACUUGAAUCUCAA